AUGCCGGCUUGGAUUCAAGUCGGCAAAAGGCCCCCGUGUCCCCAGUCCCCCCGAUCCCCCGAAUCCCCCAGUCCCGAGUCCGAAUGUAGCAAACAGUUUGUUGUCAAGAUAUCCCAAUGUCUGAUUAAUGCAAGAAGUUGGAGAAGCGUCAAAUCUCGGGUUAAAUUACAACGAAUCAAAGUACUUCUUUUUGGAGAUCAACAAGGAAAUUACCAAACUUGCCGUAUUGACAUUGAGAAAACAACCAAAAGGGAAUUAAACCAGAGUGAAACAAAUUUCGCUCAUUCCCACCUACAUGUCAGGAGUAUUCUUUGCACACAACGACAGCAUGAAUUAUUUGAGGAAGAAGUUGAUUGGAAAACAACAGUGUGUUUGGGGAAAGAUGUCUUCUGUAGACUUUGUUCAAAAAGUUGUUAA